AUGACUGUGACCAAAGACAAUUUCAGGGCUUUGUGCACCCAAGAGAAGAGGUUUGGAUACAAGGCAUCCACAUUUCACCGCAUCAUUCCACAGUUCAUGUGUCGGGGUGGUGACAUCACAAACAAUAACGGAACUGGGGGCAAGUCAAUCUAUGGCCGCAAGUUUGAUGACGAGAACCAGUUGAAGCACACAGGCGCUGGCGUUCUCUCCAUGGCUAAUUCGGGCCCCAACACGAAAGCCCUGUUUUUCAUCUGCACUUCAAAUACUGAGUGGUGAGGAACUGUAACAGUGAUCCAAUGUUGCCUGAUAACUUGGGUUUGAAUUUUAUUGCUUGUAAAUUUAAAUGAGGUAGCACUUCACACAAUGCACCAUACUAAGGACUGCACUGCAAAUUGGUAACAGGUCUUAAAACAUUUUUUAAAAUUAUUAAACAAUUUCAUGGCUCAUGGGAGUUUUACUUUCGCAAUGCUCUGAGGGCAGAAUGAAAAAUGAUUAAUUCAGCGAGACAGCCAAUCAGGUUACAGAAGAGGUGGGUUCAUGCAACUACAGGCAGUGAGAUCAACCAAUCAGGUGCUUGGUCCUGCCUCCUAGUUGCUUGGACCCACCUCCUAUACAAUCUGAUUGGUUAUUUCUCUGACCAAAUCAUUUUUCAUUGUAUAUUUCUGUCUCAAACUCCCGCAAACCAAUUUCAAAUUUAUUUAAAAGAAUUGGCUCCCAUUCUCCCCAGAAUUAUACUCCAUUUCCCAUAAAUUCUCUAAAGCAAGGGUGUCAAACUCCAGUCCUCGGGUCAGAGCCUGUAUACCUUAGUUCUCUCCCUCUUCCACCAUAAAUGAUUCAGCUCAGGAACUGUGUGGUAGUUAGUUGAAUCAGGUGUGUUAAAGGAGUUGAAUCAGGUGUGUUAAAUGAGGGGAAACCAAAAACUGUGCAGGGCUCCAGCUCCCCAGGACUGGAGUCUGACACCUGUUUCCUAAAGGAAGGGUAGAAUAAUUGAAAUAAUGACCAAGUGUUACCUGGGAAAUAAACUGCCAAGCCGAGAAAGCAAACUUUGUGGUUCUUCACUAGGUUGGACGGCAAGCAUGUGGUGUUUAGGAAUGUCGUGGAAGGAUUCAAAAUCUUGAUUGCAAUCGAGUGCUGCGGCAGGUCCUGUAGAAAAUGCUCGCCAAGGUUGUGAUUGCAGAUUGUGGGCAGCUCUGAACCAUUGAGUACACUCCCAAACAGUAUCCCUCCCUGACCCUCACCCCCCCUGCUUUGAUCCAUUUCUUGCCUGAUCAUGCUGCAUUUGCUUUCAGUUUGUGUAUUUUUUUUUGUCUUAUUGGAUGACAUUUAAAUAUUUUGAAAUAAAGUGGGAAUUACUUA